AUGCGUGUUAUCGUAAGAAAUUCGACCGCGCUAUUGUGCGGUGCCGUCGUUCACAUCUUUUUCUUUUUUAUCUUUAUCCUUUUGUCCGGCUCGGGCACGGCUCACGUUCAUGCAGAAGUUACGGGUGCCGUGACAUGGAAGUCGGACGAAAGCCCUGCUGGUAACACCAACGGCUUGUCAAUACCGGUUUUGUCAGCUGAUGGAAAAAUCACGGGGUUUGCAGAGGUUUUACCGAUUCAAGGCGUUUUUUUGCUGCGUGAUACCAAAGGGAAAAUUGUAUCGAAGAUUACGGAUAACUCCCUACUGGAUUGCACGGAUCCCACCGGCACCUCAUUGAUCAAUGAUGGCCCGGCUGUGAUGAUAUUCUGUGGGGGAAAAAGUUCGUUUUUAUACGUGAUGUUGAGCGGGGGAAUGGGUUCCAUGCGUGUGGUGGAAGUCAGUACGGAAACCACGUUUUAUCCUUCUUCGUCAUUGCCCCCAACACCAUUGGUACGUAUCCGAGGCUCAUCGCCAGACUCACGAAAGGAUGCAGUGUUUGCUGUCUCGAAACAGGGUGAGCUGGACUGUAUUGGUCAGUAUGCAUUUGAAGAAUCGGUUUCUUUGUGCGACAAAGACUCCAUUUUGGACUUUUACUUCCAAAAAUGGGUACCCAUCACAAGCGAUGAGUCGAACCCUGAAGGAUUUAUAAUCACGGAAAGGAAAUCAGCGGAAGGCUUGAAAAUCGAUAGUUACUACCUACCAGAUUUUGGAUUCUCUGCCGCACCAAAUGCAUCGGUUACCUUGGAGUUUGUUGGCUCGAGCAAAGCGGUACACACGAAUGUGAAUGAUAUUUCGCAAUCCGAACCUCUUAUUGCGUACGUUCAAGGGACCGCAGCAGAGACAUUUAAAUUGGCCGUGGUUGUUCUUGAUGCCAAUUCGUUGGUGAGGAAACAUUCUGGAUCCAUCGACGCCGGUAUCGCGGUCAGUGAAUCUACUCUUGUGACUGGAGCUUACAUGGUAUCAACUGCGCGUGGUGCCUUAUUGAUGGUUCAAACAAGUGCAUUAUUGAUGGCUGUGAAUUACACGAUCUUAUCUGAAGUGAAUGCCCCACUAUGGACAGCAAAGGCGUCAUCGACUGCGGGGGUACUUUUUCUGCCUUUUCGUGCAAUGGAAAAUAGUUUCAAGGAAUACUAUCGUCGCAUGUUGUCGCCAUCUUUUACAGAUUACAACCCAUAUCAUAUUAUUAAGGCAACGGAGGUUCAGUUUCUUGAGUCGGCUAAAAAUGUCACUAAAUUAAAUAUUUUAGAUGGAUCUCUCAAGUCAAGCUUUGAAGUGCCAUGGACUGGAGCUUCUUUCUGCAGUGAGGCGGAUCGUUUGGCCGCCAUCACAGUCUUUGAAGAACCAAUGGUAUACCUUGGAUGUGAGAAGAGUGGACACUACUGUUUGGUUGACCCCAUCGCCUCCAAGCCUCAUUAUUCCAUCACAUUCCCAUCUAUGGGCCCAGCUGAGGAUGUAACAUUUGGAUACCUUCUUGAUGAUCCUUCUGUUGUUUUAUGUAAUGGAUCAAGAUCCGCGGGUCUUGCGUUGCAUCCGUUGUUACUUUACAGUGAAUCCGUUUUGAUACCACAACGCGAUGCUCCAGUUGGUGCGUACGACCGUGGCCGAAUGUCCAUUGUGACAAAUAACUUCACAGAUCCUGGAGAAAUGCUCUUUUAUUUUUACGUACAUGACACGGCUGGUAAUAGUGGUGGACGCGAUCCCCUGCCACCCUCUAAUGGUCCCGUGUCUCUUAUCAAAAACGCCUCAUCUGCCAAACCUUUUACGACGUUUUUUGGAGAUGGGAAUAAUUACGUUGCCGUGGCAACAACUCCAGGAAUUGUCUCCAUCUUUUCGGCUGCGAAUGGGGAACCUGUGAUGGAUUUGCUGCUCGUCGGCUGUGUUCCAAGUGGAGGGAAUCCGGAUUCCGGAGUAAUAACGUUUAUGAAAAGCGUACAACAUUUUGGGAAUAAAGAGGAUUAUUAUGUUCUGCUUGGCGGGACGGACACGUGUCUUUUUGAGGUGAAUGAUAGUUUGGUGGUGCGUGUUACUUCCCUUCAGGGAUAUCAAUCCGGUGUUGUGGUGGGGACGACAAGAUACAGCGGUUAUAAGUUUGUUCCUGCAACCAGAACAUUGCAAGCAUUUACAAGCUUUUUUGGCCCUAGUUCCAUGCCGGUGUAUACAGAAGCAGGUAUUGAUUCUUACGUUGUGGGGUCAAAUGUGUUUAUAUACGUCAAAGAUGAUGAAAUCAUUUGCCGGAGCGUUCGAAGUGACAUAACCGUGUGGAAAUAUAAAUUUUCUGAGAAGUUUCAAGGACCUGUUGUGCAUAUGACGUACUACAACAAUACAGUCUUUGUAGUGAGUCAGCGUGAAUUCUUCCGUUUUGACGUUCAACAUUAUGAAGACGAGGAUCGUUAUUCACGUUUACUUUUUCAAAACGGUUUGACUGAAGAAGAUGAAAAGUACUUGGGAGCCGCAGUGAAUCAAGGUAUUGUUUUUCUUUAUUCAGGUCAGAAAAUUUACUGCCAUGAUGCUGUGAAUGGCAAACUUAUCUGGAAAACGGAACCGCGGAUUCAAUAUGAAGCCAAAGAUGCAAAAGUUGAAGCGGUUAUUUACUCUCCGAGCGACACGGGUGGCGUUUCGACUGAUGAUAUUGGGACCGCAUAUAUUGAGGUACGUAUGACCGUGAGCCAGGGAAAUAAUAAAGCUCGGUUUACCCAUGCGGAUAUGUACGCCCAGGCUUCUGGAGAACUGUUGAAAAGUGUAUUGGAUGCACCAAAUGACCUUACUGGUCCUGUCAUUUGGGGUAACAAAUAUGUUACUUUUUCAACGUUAACCAAAGGUUUGGUGACCUUUCGUGCUCUUAACAUUUCCCAAGUGGACAUUCCAGAACAGGCGAAACGUCCUGAAGACCCUAUGACGGAUGUUUAUGUGCCAGGAGAGAAACCGAUUGAACCUCCACCGCCGCCUUUGCCACGUGGUGAUAAUUUCAUGGCUGCUUCCCCUCCAAUGAAAUUCUCCGUGGCUGGUCGUGCUGCGCUGAUUUCAACUGAUCGAAAAAGAGCUGUUGUAGGGAAGGUUGAUCAUAAGAACGGCAUGUAUGAGUACAAGAUACGAUGUUUCAACGUGGACGAUCCACAAGGGAAUCCCAUACGUGAGUGGGCGUUUCCCCCAGCGCCGGUCCCACUGGAAACAAAAUUCAUGGAGUUUAACAAAGAUCACUUUGCCAUUUUCUUGCCCAGCAAUGUGCAGUUUUACUCUUGGUCAAAUUGUAAAGAGGUCGGGAAAUCCAUUUCUUUAACUGGAAUAGUGGAAGGUUUGCCGUCGUAUAUAAGCCUUGGGUAUCAAAAUCAGUGGCUAUUUUUGAACAGCGACCAAGUGACCUGUCUAGAACCCUCCACUGGGAAUGAAAAAUGGCGUAGAAAUGUUAGGGGAUGCAUCACUAUUCGUCGUGUGGAUAAUUACAUUAUCUGCGACGGUGGUUCGAAUUUGGUCGUUUUAAAUGCAGGUUCGGGUGCCAUUUUGUUUGAAGAUGCCAUUGAAGGUGGCAUUACGACUAUGGGAUUGGACUUUGGUGGUGUGGUGCGUAUCCCGCGUGGAUAUGAAGCUGCAUUCUACACUACAUCAGGGAAAGUGUUCCAAUCUUCAAUUGCUAUCCCAUGGUCUGCUGGUAAGGUGAUGGGGGCAAUUCCUGGAACAUUGGAUAAAAAUGUUGUCGUUUUUUUUGAGAAUCUGGCGGCUUCUAUAAUGUUUGACACUUCCGCUAAGAAGGCAUCAUUGCUGUGGACCAGUGACCUAAAUGGCGAGAGAGCGCGACCGGGCGCGGCUGCUUACGCUGGAGCUAGGGGGGUCAAUAUUGUCGUUGGAACGGAAAAUGGUAUAAUAAUGCUGAACUCAUCAUCCGGAAAGGGAUUUUUGAAUAUUUCAUUGCCGAAACGUUACGAGGAAGAUACUGAUGAGGUACAGGUGCUUAAAAUGGUGGCAGUGAAAGAAAACACUCUUUAUGGCAUCUCAUGGAACGGGUAUGCGGUUUUGCUUCGAGUGACUCCGGGUAUGGAGGAAGCAUUAUUCGCCUUUGGGUUAGGUCGUGUGCGUGCAUCACAGAUUUCGUUCGAGGAUGACUUUUUGGUGAUCAGUGGAGGAGGCUCGGCGGGUACGGUACCAAUUGACGCGACAUACUGGGGAGCUCCACUAUCGUGUGUGGGAAUGUCUUAUUCAGCCUCAACUAACUUUAUGGCGGGCUGGGAUCAGACGAAUGAUACGGCUGUUAAUUUGGUUGUCGUCACGGCAGGAAGAACGUGGUCCUCCAGUCACAUUCCCCAUGAGCGUGCCAUCUUGUCCUCCAUGAGUGCAGCGAGUGCCGUUGUCUUCUUUGGAAAGAGGACAAUUAGUACUAUAGGUGGUUUGGAAGGAAUCGGUGUGGAGUUUACUAUUCCCAGAGAAUGUGAAGAGACGAAACUGAAGGAAGUUUCAGUUGGUGGUUCCACGACUGGUGCCUCCCUGGUUUGGUACACUGGCGAAGUCCGAGAUUGCAUCUUUGUUCUCGGUGCGGGAGGCGCACCACCCAGCUUCCUGGCGGGUCUCAGCGGGAAGUACGCUGCCGUCGUAAAUGUUCGUUACGGCACAAGCUUUGGAUUGUUUACAUCAACCCAUCUCUCUUUGUUGGGAUACGAUGGAACCAGGAUUGAUAGCAUUGAUGUGAACAAUCCAAUUUACGUGUCGUCGUUGUCAUCUCCUGAUACCGGGGACGGUAUCUUUUUGGUGGUCUCAGCGGAUAAUCAACUCAUUUGCCUUCAGAUAAAUGGUUUGUUUCACGUUUGGAAUUACACCCUUCCAUCCCCAUCCAGAGCCCCAGCAACGUACUACAAUGAGGGCGUUUUUAUUUCCACCGAGGCUGGACCUUACUUUUUCACCCUUGCGGAAAUCUCAUACCCGUGUCAUGAUCGUGCCAUUUUUCGUGUUCCACGUGUUCCCACGGAGGGUCGAUCCAAUUUUCACACAGAGGUGGUAGUGAAUGAGGAAUACGCCAUUGGAUUUGUCACGACGUUUGAGACGUUCUAUGCCUUUGACGCCUUGACAGGUGAGGUACUCUGGCAACGGCCCGAUCUCUUUGCGGUCUCUCACGCGACUGUGCUUCGUGAGGGCAUGUUGUUGGUUGUGAGCACGAAAAGCAGUGGUGUGGUGUUUCUGAAUCCAUUUACAGGUGUUUCCUUACUUUACUUUGCCAACAUUGUGGAAGAAAGCAGCGAAAUCUUUCUUUCUCCGGAUGGAACAACUGUUGGGUUCGGUGGGAGCAUGGCAACCGCAAUCAAUGUCAUCGAGUAUGCACAUUACUUUGAUGUUGUGAAGGCAAACCGUCCGAAACAGCAAACGCCACCGGCGUUCAGGCCAUACAACUACGGUCCCACCGACAACCCGAAUGAUUGUUCCGAACCAAGCGGCGAUGGUGAACCCAUCCAUGUGCAAUUGUCUCCGGAGUGGGUCUCUGGAUCGAAGUACGGUCCAAGUAACCCCAAACAAACUACGGUUGCCAUGUCGCAUGGAGAGAAGAGUGGCUGGGCUGCCUCUUUGGAAAAACAAAAGUUGUACAUUGCACGUGCUGUAGAUGGUGCCUUUGAAGAGACCGCGCUUUUUCAACCGAAGGAAAGUGGAUGUGAUUUGUUAAAUUUAUACUCCCUCAGUGCAAAAAAGGCGUAUGUGGGUGUGAGGUGUGGCAAAAAGACACACUUCUACAACGCCUCAGGAGUUGAACAGGGGACUCUGGGGCGUGCGGCUAAGAAUGCCAUUUGUGCUGUAAUAAAAAGCAAUGGAUAUUUUGUGAACACCGAUGGCUAUUUUGACGCCGUGAAUUUGAAUAAAAUUAAACCAUUACCAUCUUCUCCAAGUAAGGCCCGGUGUAAGGCGAAGUUUGACAUUGUUCCCGCUAAUCGACUGGAACGUCUACUGUUUGUAUGCGCUGGCACGGGUAUUCGUAUUUUGAACCAUGCCACACUGGCACAAAUUGGCAGUACCAUUACUGGUGGAGUUAGUCGGCCUGAUUUCACAAUGUAUGAAGCGGAUGAUAACCUUCGGGUGGGCAUUGCAUGCGGUAAAAAUGGCACUAAUGUUUAUAUGGUGGCGUUUUCGUUGGAAACCGCCAAAACGAUUUUGAUGCAUAACGAGUCGGUUCAGGGCACCCCUCUUUGUGGUAUUAGGUACCCUGACUAUCCAAGCAGAAAUGGCCCUCUGUUUGUGUUUGCCUAUCCUAAUGGAUACAGGACAUGGGAGGUACAAGGUGGAAAGCCAAAGACGACACAGGAAGCGGCCAACACGUUUCCAGCAGCGAUUACAAGCCAUGGAGUGAUUUACCACAAUACGGGAAAUGAUUACUAUUUCCGAUCCUAUGGAUUUCCCACGAGCUCACUUAUAGUCAGUUCCAAGUCACCUGCAACGGGAAGUAUGAUGGUAAAAGGACCGGAUGGUGUGCAGGUCAGUCCAUUGGUCAUCAUCUAUGGAAAUGCCUUCACACUCGCGGUGGACACUUCUACAGUAAAUCUCAGAAUUUUCUGGUCCGGGAAUGGAUUAAUUACCUUCACUCCUGAAGCUCGCUUCGUCUCUAAUCUUCCGUUUGUUUACACUACAGUCGGCAAUUCACUUGUGGCAUUUAUGCUUGCGGGUGAUUCGUUUGCCCUUGAAGAAGUCCUUCGGAUAAAUACGGCCUUGAUCGACCAGGAGCAGAGAGUGUUUUUGUCUCAGAGGGGGACAAUUGGUUGCGUGGACAAGGACGGUAAGGUGUUGUGGAAUAUUGGGUUUUCGAAUUCUGGUACUCCACAGAUUCUAUUCGCUCCCAUCGUCCUGGAUAAUCUGGACUUUGCCCUUGUCUCUGGUGGCGUACGGGUGGCCGCGAUCAUCAACAAACGAACUGGUGUAGUUGCGAGGAGCGUUCAGUUUGAGAGGUGCAGCAUUUCUCCGGAUUCUACCGAGGCGGAUGUGGUUGUUAAUGGGACUAUUGUAUAUGUUGCGAUACGAGGAUGGUCAUGUGUGCAUGUUGUGGAUCUCAAUCUGAAGAAUAAAAGUGGUAAGAUCACAGGACCGGAGGUGAAAGCAUUGGAGAUCGAAAAUACCUCGACUGGUAUUCUUGGAGGAUAUCCCAUGGUUGCGAUGGUGGAAUUUGCGAAUCAUCUUGUUUUUGCAUUGCAACCAGAAAAUGGUGACAUGAGACGUCCAACGUUUGUUGUGUACCGUGUGGAUGACAUGAGUAAAUCUUUGUGGACGCAGCUUUGGAAGAAAAGACUGCGUGCUGACCUCGGUAAGAUCUCCACCUAUGGGUACUUCUUGUACACCGCCGUCGAUUCGGUACUGAAUGUUUAUGAUUUAUUGACAGGACGAUAUGUUUGGGGGUAUAUUUUUGAGAAGAGCAUUACAGGGCCAGUUUUGGGCGCAGAUCGCACGUUAUAUGUGACAACUGUGAAUGGUAUCCAGUCGCUACGUUCCACACUGAGUUUGUCCUGGUCCCUACGUCUUAUGGGUAACAUCACUCUUCCGAAUCGCAUGGUAACACCUUCAGAUGUCACCAUUGGGCCGGUACGUACGCCAUAUGGGCAUAUUAUCGUCUCCAACAGCGUUGGUACGUUUGCCGUUGAGCAUGAGCGUGAGGGUUCCGUAUCAAAAUUGGUUUGGUAUACAGAGAAGUCCAUUUCUCGAUUUGGUGUGUACGAUGUGGACAGCAAAGUGAAGGUUGGGUUAUUUGACGCGAGCGACGGCACAGGGAUUAUGGAUUUGACUUCUGGUAAGAUGCUGUGGUUGGGCGGUGUGUACCCGACUGACGGCAAAACGAAUGGUGUUGCGUCGCCUUCAUUCCCAUUUUUUGUGUGUUUCUUUGUCCUGUACGUUCCGACGUGUCGACUUGUUCCUGAGAAAUAUUUAAUGCCCAGUCGAAAUCUACCACUUUACAAAUAUGACACCGAGCCAACCGAAAAGACACCAGACGAAUGGGAUCCCAUUUAUCCAGGCGGUGGCGGUUCUGUACCGUUACAUCCAUCACCACGCUGCCAAUCUAUGAUGCACGCCUACAUCCCUCCAUUUACAGAGUGCAUUAAUAAAGCCCUCAGACUUAUUUAUCCUCGCGGUAGAGGAACGAGAUUGGUAUGCCCUGCUUCCCUCUACAUAAUUGGUAUUUGCCAGGACUCAUUGAAGGAGCUGGCCGACGCGUGCCCUGACGUUGGUGUGCUUUUGGUAGAGAGCUGGAAAGCACAAACCAUGGAUAAAUUGUCUCCUUUGGGUCUUUGUGAAGCUGAAGAGGCGAGUGCGCGUUGCCAGACGAAAAAUGGUACGGUCUUAAACGCCACCUGUUCCGUUGUAAGCAUGACUUUUGUACUAAACGACUACGAAAACCCCAUGGGCUACGAGCUUGGCUACGAGCUGCCCAUCUUUGAUUUCCCCUCCAUAAGGUCAGCGAAGAGUGUUGGGGCAAUCUUGGGUGGUGUGAUGGCCGUUCUUGUGGUGAUUGCCAUUGGAGCAGCGGUGGGAGUACACUUCUACCGGAAAAAGAAGAAGGUACGGGACUCACGCUUCUUUGAUGACGACGUCAAUGCCUCACUGCUCGGUAGUGAGGGGCAGGACCUGCCAAUGCAAAUUAUCAAGAACGAAAGUCAUAAGUUAAUGUCAGGAGAGGGGAGUUUAGCCAACAUGGACGCGGUGUCAUCACGCGUGCAAGAAAACCCGCCGCCGGAGCUGGAAAACGGCUUUUCUCCGUCGCAGGGAGAAACAAAUGGAGUAACGCACACAGCAGCAGCACCAGCAGCCAUAGCCGGACCGAAAAAGAUGCCCCCCAAAAUGCCAAUGAAAAUGCCGGGCAAAAUGCCACCGGGGAAGGGGCUUGGCCCCAAAAUGCCACCGCCAUCUAGACCGGUAAGAAAGCCAGCGAAUGAGAAUCCAAUCCUUGACGAUGACCUGUAG